AUGAAUAGAAAUAAUCUAAUAGGAUACCCUUAUAACGAUUCCGCUUACACGUGUAAAGGAUAUACACAAUACCUAGAGUAUGGUAGGAUAGCUAGCGUGAUAUACUACGAUGAACUAUACACAAUUCAUAGGUCCGUUAGUGGACUAGAUAGAGAAAUACUCUCGGGAGGAGUAACCGAAGAAACCUACCUAGAGAAUAUUAAAUUUAAUAUUCUAGCUAUUAGGAACUACGAUAUCGUUCUCGCCAUUAAACAAGCACUAGAUAUGUCUGACCAAGAAUUGUUGGAAUAUAUGCUCGUUAAGAGCGAGAAGCUAUACAUAACCGAUAGUGAACCCCGGAUUCUAGAAGAGUAUAAGGAUUACUAA